AUGUCUGAUAAAGGCACUAGUUCAGGUUGUAAACGAAGUCGACCAGAAGAUUGGGGCGAGAUUGACCCUUCUCCAGUUGUCCAUGUCCGUGGUCUACCAAGACAUAGUGUGGAAUUUGAUGUCGUCAAAGCAUUUGAGCCUUAUGGGCGUAUUCGUGACGUAACGAUGAUGCCUCAGAAAAAACAAGCUUUGGUCGAAUUUGAAGAUAUAUCAUCAGCUGAAGCACUUAUAGAAAGAAAUCCUGAAAUGAAAAUUCUGAAUAGCCUGGUUCAAAUCAGUUUCAGCACAUCAAAACAUAUAGUUCAGCGGGCUGCAAAUAGAGCUCCUGCCGAUGAACAAAGUUCGCUCUCAGCAGAUAAUCAUAUCCUUCUGUUUACAAUUUACGAUACUGAUCGUCCUAUAACUGUUGAAACAAUUUAUCGAAUAACGUUUUCGUACGGUAGUGUCCUUCGAAUAGUUAUCUUCCGGAAAUCUCAGGUUCAGGCAAUGGUGGAGUUUAGAAGUAUACAAGAAGCGCGCAACGCAAAGCUCCACUUGAAUGGUGCAGAUAUUUUCCCAGGAUGCUGUACUUUAAAGGUAGACUAUGCUCGUCCUGCUCGAUUAUCUGUGCCCAGGAAUGAUCAGGAUAACUGGGACUUCGAGAAAUGUGAACGUGACCCAUCCUGUAAUUUUCAAGAUGAUCACUACCAAAACUCGCUUCUCGGUUAUAUGGAUGAGGGUUAUUAUGAUUACGAACAUCCUUAUGGGCAGUAUCCAUACGAAAAUUCGAACGAAUACGGACGCUCAUACCCCCCAGAAUGUAAUAACACACCUGUGGGACCUCAUAAUUUUCCCACACUAAAUGGUGCUCAAAAUAGGAAUAAAAGUUUCAACUCCACGCCAGUGGUUAUGCUGUACAAUAUUGAUAUGAAGAAAAUGAACUGCGAUCGCAUAUUCAAUAUUUUGUGUAUAUAUGGCAACGUCAUCCGCGUUAAAUUUCUCCGUACUAAAGAAGGUUCAGCUAUGGUUGAAAUGGGCGAUGUUGAAUCAGCUACCCGCCUUAUACGAAAUUUGUCAGGUGUUUCGUUUAUGGGUAACCAGUUAAUGGUACGAACUAGUAAGCAAGAUGUCAUUUUGGAUGUUUCUAGUCCAUUCCAGUUGCCCGAUGGUUCUCCUUCUUUUAAAGAUUACAGCAAAGAUCGUAAUAACAGGUAUACUACAGCAAUCAUGGCUAAAAAGAACCGUAUUCAUCCACCUUCACGUACACUGCACUACUGGAAUGCUCCUCCUAAAAUUUCGAAUAACGAGUUAUUAGAGUUUGUGAGAAAAUGUGAAGCCCCUGAACCUCAAUGUAUUGAACAGUUUUCAAAAGCCUCGGAUAAAUCCUCAUCUGGUUUUAUGAAAUGGACUACAGAUGCUGAAGCAUGUGAAGCUUUGGCUUUAUGUAAUCAUCAACCUAUUAAAGAUGAAGAAUGUACAUAUCCAUAUACUAUUAAGCUGGCAUUUGCGAGUCCUAAUUUAUCUGCUGAACCUAUUCAUGUUGGAAGUGACAAGAGUAAUGAGGAAAAUGGACGAAAUCAUACUGAAUAAUUUUAGUAAGUUCUAUUGUUCUGACUUGAAUUUGCACUAAUUUACUUACGUUUAACCAGUAAGUAAUACUAAAUAAACUUGAAACUCCAUAUAUAAUUGAAACAUGACAUUUAUAAUAAUAUGAUCUGAUUAGUUAAGAUUCUUCAACCCCAUUGAAAUUGUGAAUAUCUUGUACUAUAUAUCACAUUACAUUCUGUUUUACUAAGUAGUAUAAACUUGACAUAAUAUCUAGAAUUAUUAAUACUCAAUCUGUAGUCCAUUUAAUUGUUUGCUUCAUUUCUCCCACCGUCACUUUAGUUUCUUUUUAAAUCUUAUUUUCGACUCAUCUCUGCUAUGAACCAAGGAGAAGUAGUAAAAAAUAUUGUAUUAUGACCGGACAAUUAGUCGAAAUGAAUAUUAGUAACUGGAAUUAAAUUAGUUUGACCAUAAACCGAGUCCCAACUCUCAACCAAAUAGAUUUCGAAAAACCAACUGACUAGGUACACAAAAUAUUCAAUUGAAAUAGCAUAACAAUAGGUUAGUUAUCAAAUACAGGAGGAAAUAACCAACAAUAUAAAAGUGAAGCACAUAUAGCACUAUUAACAAUCCUUCACUUCUAUCUACAAAACAAUAAUUUAUUUUAUCAUCAAAGGAAUUUCUUAACAAUAUCAAUUCCCAACACGUAGUGACAUAUAUAAAUAUCGACUUAAAGUUUGCUUGUUUGUAAUUAGACGUUAUUUAUCUCUUUAUUGAAAUGAAAUUUUAACUUCAUCUGUUUAUGUUUACUCAUGCAAAUAUAACACUCUUAGCUUGGUCAUAUUUUUUUAAGAAUAUCUCCACAACCAAAGUAAUCACCUUCGUAAUUAAUUUACUUUACUUAGAGAUCAUUAUAUUAUCGAUCCUAU